UAUGAUUACCGAGCAUUAAGAGAUUGCUGUAUUAAAUCUAGCUUAUGCAAUUUAUAUAUAAGUAAAAGACCCAUUAAUGCAUGCAGAGGAUAUAGACCCCCUAGAAGAGCUUGGACCUGGGGCGAUCCACAUAUUAAAACCUUAGAUGGCAAACAAUAUACCUUCAAUGGAUUAGGUGAAUAUGUCUUACUGCAAACAGGAAAUCGUUCAUUUAUAUUACAAGGGCGUACUAUGCGUACAAUAACGAACGGUUCAUUAUCGGCAGCGGCUACCGUAUUUUCAGGCGUAGCUACAACAGAAAAUAACGCAGAUAUUAUUCAGUUUUCACUUAAUUCAGCAUUUAAUGGUAUCGAUGUAUUGGUUAAUAGCACCGUUGCAUUCUCUAUGGAUUCUUUACUUUUAAAUGAAUCCCGUGAGUAUACUAAUGUUGAUAUAGUUAAAAUAUCUAAUCAGUCACUCGCUGCAGUAUUUUCAUCAGGAAUUUCUGUUGAAGUAACAAUGCUAACAGAGAUGUUAACUAUUACCAUGAACGGUCCAGAGGAAAUUAAAGGUGAUACUGCUGGAUUACUAGGAACGUGGAAUGAUAACAUUGACGAUGACUUCAAAAAGCCAGAUGGAACAUACCUCGAUAUUAAUUCCACAGAAUCACAAAUCUAUUAUGAUUUCGGUCAGUUGUGGGCCAUUAAUAUCAGUGAUUCACUUUUCACUUAUCCUAGCGAUCAAUCCUAUUAUAAUUAUACGGAUCCAGAAUUUACUCCAAUAUUUGGUGAC